UGACGGCCAUGCCCACCUUCUUGCUUCGUGAGGGCUUCGGCCUGUCUUCAGCAUCAGUCGCUGUGUGAUAUCGCUUUUACUCCGCGACAUUGCGGUGUGUUGUGGUGUCAGGUGGCCUUGGCGGCCGUUCCUUCUCUGUACUACUUGUACAAGGCUUUUUGACUCGGAAGGGUUGCCUCGGUUUUUCUUUCCCGUGCCCACUCGCGUGUGGCAUCAUCCUCCAUCUCCCGUUAUUCUUAUAAAGCUUUGAGGUUUAAGUUUCACAUUUCUCAUUAUUAUCAAUACAACCAACAUCACCCACAAGGUCACACAGACGGUACAGCAAUUGGAAGCACUUAAAAUGGUCUCUAAAUACACGCUAUUUGCUGUAGUGGCAGCUGUAGUGUCAUAUUUGGUUGGGAACGGUGUCAUAACUCCGCCAUGGUAUCUUGCAUUUGGAUAUGUAGGAAUCUUUAUCGAAGGAUUCCUGGUACAGUUUACAGUCUGGGCUUUCUACAGCGUAUUGUUGAAGCAUAGGCUGAGCCCAUUGAGGCACCUGCCCGGCCCAAAGGAUAACGGUUUAUUCAUGGGACAAUGGGACAAUAUGGUUGGAGAACAAUUGGGCGGUCCACAGCGAACAUGGGCUAGAACAAUCCCCAACGAUGGCAUUAUUCGUUUCUUGGGCAUCUUCAACAAGGAGCGCCUCUUAAUCACCUCUCCUAAGGCCCUCUCCGAGGUCCUCACUACUAAGUCCUAUGAUUUCAUAAAGCCUUACGAGUUCUCCGUAGGUAUUGGGCGUCUACUCGGCAUCGGUGUGCUUCUGGCCGAAGGCGAUGAGCACAAGUUUCAACGCAAGAACUUGAUGCCCGCGUUCGCUUUUCGCCACGUUAAAAGCCUCUUUCCGAUCUUCUGGUCCAAGUCGGUCGAGGUUGUGUUUGCCAUAGACAACGAGAUCAAAAACACCGCCGGCGCCCCUCCUUCAGAAGCUGCUAUCGACGCGGGAAUCAGCCGAGACGUCAAGGUAAACAGCGAUCAGGCUAUCGUCUCCGUCGGGCAGUGGUUCAACCGAGCGACCCUAGACAUCAUUGGGCUCGCCGGAAUGGGACAGGACUUUAAUGCUAUCGCCGACCCCACCGGAGACCUGUAUCAAGCAUACGUCAGGACGUUCCGGCCUUCUCGCGAGGCUUUUGCUCUGCAAAUCUUGUCCUUAUUUAUCUCCCACGCCAUCAUUAGGCAUUUACCCUUCAAGCACAACAGGGAAGUGAACAAAUCCGUCAAAAUAAUUCGCGACAUCUCCCGAGACCUCAUCAUCAAGAAGAAGGAACGCCUCGCGAAAGGCUUAGAAGCAGACAAGGACAUCCUCAGCGUGGCUCUCGAGUCCGGAGCCUUUACUGACGACCAACUCGUCGACCAGGUCAUGACCUUCCUCGCCGCCGGUCAUGAAACAACUGCUACAGCAAUGAUUUGGGCCAUCUACCUACUCGGCCUACACCCAGCCAUACAGACGCGUCUGCGCGCCGAAGUCCGCGCCAGCCUCCCAAGCCCCGACUCUGGCGACUCCAUCACAGCGGCGGACAUCGAGCGGCUGCCCUACCUAAACGCCGUGUGCGCGGAAGUCCUGCGGCACCACUCCCCCGUGCCGAUGACGCUGCGGGAGGCCAACGUCAACACUUCGAUCCAGGGGGUUCCCGUCCCCAAGGGCACGAUGCUGUACCUGGUGCCGUGGGCGACGAACCGCGACCCGAAGCUCUGGGGCCCGGAUGUGGAUGAGUUCGAGCCGGAGCGCUGGCUGCGGGACGCGAGUGGGGGUGCGGAGACGAACUAUGCGUUCCUGACGUUCAUACAUGGGCCGCGCAGUUGCAUUGGAGAGAAGUUUGCGAGAGGCGAGUUUGCGUGUUUGGUGGCGGCUUUUGUGGGGAGGUUUGAGUUUGAGUUGGCGGAUCCCAGGAUGGAGGAUGAGAGGACGAUUCCGAUUAAGAGGGGGGCUACGAGCAAGCCGGAGAAUGGGCUGUGGAUUAAGACGAGGAAGGUGGAGGGGUGGUAGGGUGGUAGGUGAUAGGAUGAUAAGAUGAUAGGAUGGUUUAUGAAGAUGGGAUGAAAAAGCGGAAUGAAUGAGCGAGGUUUAUAUACUUCCGGAGAGGGUGUUCUUGCUAAAGUGACAGACGCACAAUAGUCAAGGAGUAUGUAUGUACUGUACAUACACGACGAGAAGUACUAUGAGUAUAAUGUUAGUCAUCC